GUAGAUCUGUAUCGAAGUAAUCUUUUACCGUAUGUUUAAAGGUGAAGUAAAACCUUCGAAGCACGUAUUAAUAGAGAAGGAUCACUUUUAUGUUUGAUUCACGUGCAUUUUUACAGUCGACGUUUUCGGUGUAUUCAGUAUCAAGUUAUGGUGCGGGUGUUUGAUCGUGAUAUUAUUAUUUUACUUUUUGAAUUACACCGCAAUAUCAAUGUAAACCCCUGAAUUUCUCUACUUCAUCAUCAUGAUGUGUUUAUGUUUGCUUGUUCCUUAAGUUUCGUUGUGAUUGAGCUUCUGUAUUGGUAUAGUAUAAAAAAAUGAACAAAACAAAAUUUGAUCUUCACUCCUAACAGAACUUGCCCACGCAGCAUCCGACUCCGAAUGGCAGAGAACGGACUACGAGGACAAGGGGGCGGAGCUCUCCUUCCAAGGAGCCGAAUUGCAGAGACAACCAUUGAAGAUGGACCAGGAGGGGAGGACGGACGGCGGUGCGACUUCUGCCGCCAAUCUUAUGGUGCCCACGGAACUAACAACACCAGACCUGAUCGAAGCAUACUCUGGCGACAAAGUGGAUACCUUCGACCAGGACAGCUGCAGGGGUGACACCUCUCCCCCAACCAACCCACAAAAGCUCCAAACGCACCGAAACCCGGACAAGCACCGGUGCCGCUUCUGUCCUCACUCAUGUCUUUCUGCAGCGGGUAUCGCCAUCCACGAGAGGACUCACACUGGAGAGAGAUCCUUCAGUUGUGAUGUUUGCGAGAAAACGUUCACGGAUAAGUCUAACUUGAAGGUUCACGUUAGAACUCACACCGGAGAGAAGCCGUUCAAGUGCAACACGUGCAGCAGGGCGUUUACUCAGAAAACCAGAUUGGCGAAUCACGAGAGAACUCAUACCGGUGAGAAGCCGUUCAAGUGCAACACGUGCAGCAGGGCCUUUGCUCAGAAACACAACUUGGCGGUUCAUGAGAAGAUUCACACCGGAGAGAAGCCAUUCAAGUGCAACACGUGCUGCAGGGCGUUCACUCAGAAAAUCAAUUUGGCGAGUCAUGAGAGGACUCACACGGGAGAGAAGCCGUUCAAGUGCAACACGUGUAGCAGGGCGUUUACUCACAAACGCAACUUGGCGGUUCAUGAGAAGAUUCACACCGGAGAGAAGCCGUUCAAGUGCAACACGUGUAGCAGGGCGUUCACUCAGAAAACCCAUUUGGCGAUUCAUGAGAGGACUCACACGGGAGAGAAGCCGUUCAAGUGCAAGACGUGUAGCAGGGCGUUUACUCAGAAAUGCGAUUUGACGAGGCAUGUGAGGACUCACACCGGAGAACCGUACAGGUGCAACACGUGCAGCAGGGCGUUCACUCAGAAAACCAAUUUGGCGAAUCAUGAAAGGACUCACACCGGAGAGAAGCCGUUCAAGUACAACACGUGCAGCUGGGCGUUUACUCAGAAAUGCGAUUUGACGAUGCAUGUGAGGGGUCACACCGGAGAGAAGCCGUACAGGUGCAGCAGGGCGUUCACUCAGAAAACUCGCUUGGCGAAUCAUGAGAGGACUCACAUUGGAGAGAAGCCGUUCAAGUGUGCAACACGUGCAGCAGGGCGUUCACUCAGAAAACUCGCUUGGCGAAUCAUGAGAGGACUCACACCGGAGAGAAGCCGUUCAAGUGUGAGACCUGCGGUAGAGCGUUCGCGGCUCAUAGCAAUUUACACGCUCAUCGGAAGAUACAUCGCAAGUUAUCGAAACAGCAACGUGCAUCAUAAUUGUGGAAGGGAUUUAAACGAAAUACUCUAG